UGCAAAGUUGUCAGGAAGCUAACGUUAACGUUAACUAGUUAGCUGUCCUUAUCAAACUUAAACAGUGGCUUUUGAAAUACAGCUGUUUUUAAACCAACUCGGUCGGAAAAGCCGACUGAAACGGGAAUGUAUUUGGAAUCGACGGGAACAGUCAAAAUGUAAAGAUAAAGUGAGACUGACGUCCUGGCCUUCGCCUCCAGACCUUCAAUUGAGUCAUCUGGCCGUUCUCCCAGUGUAUGCAGUAUAACACUGCUUGUUUUUUGGAAACGGUGCUGGCCAGCAUUGUGGGAAGAAUAGCGUAGGCAGCUUGCUGCUUGCUGGCAUCGCUAUGGCCGAUGCGGAGACCCCUCGCUCAGGGGGAAAGGGCUCGUCCAAGUCAAAGCGUUCCAGCUCAGGGAAGGGACGCAAGGGAAAGGCUGUAAGCUCCACGCCAGCGGCUCAGGUGGUGCCCACACCACAGCCACUGAAUGAAGAAGACCUGGGCAGCACAGACAAAGCUGGAGCAGGCGGUGACAGCACGGCCUCGGCUGGUUCAGAAGAGGCUGUGGACGCCUACGCCACGGCCCUGAGAGAUCUGUUCAAAAGGCGCGUUGCACUACCUGGUGUGACGGAGGCCUCCUGGAAGGACGAGCACAGCGAGGAGAUUGACUUGUUCAUCGCCAACAACACCUUGAAGCUCUUCGUCGUGUACGUUGACCAGUAUGCCGGUCUGAAGACCGAGUUUGCCAUGCCAUCACAGUCGGUGGAGCAACUGGCGUACUUCAUCCGUGCGGAUAACGCUGUGAUCUUGCCGGAGACGUUCGAGAGCGCGGUGCACUUCGGCAUGAUCCGCGGCAGCGGCAGCGAGAGCCUGCUGCGCCUGAUGAAUGGCGUGUUCGCGCCCAACGUCACGCUCAGCGGUAGCUGGCCCGAGAGCAUCAAGAACAACUACCUAGCCCACAUGCACCGCUACCUCACCACGCUGACAGAUGCCCGCUUCAAGCUGGUUGGUAACACUGUGCUCUACGUCCCAAUGGAGGCCAUGCAGUGCACCCCUGAGGAGGCGGCCAAGGACAAGGAGCUUGUGCAGAGACUGGAGAUGGUGAUGAUCCACUGGACGCGUCAGAUUAAGGAGAUGCUGAGCGCCCAGGAGACGGUGGAGACGGGCGACACCACUGGGCCGCUGGAGGAGCUCUCCUUUUGGAGCAGCCGCUGCUCCGACCUGUCCGGCAUCAGCCAGCAGCUGCAGCAGCCCGGCGUCACGCACGUCCGCACCAUCCUGCAGAUGUGCAAAUCCUCCUACGUCGCACCCUUCUGCAAGCUGGCCAAACAGAUACAGGACGGCUCGAUGCAGGCCCAGUCCAACCUGGCCUUUCUGUCCCUGCUGCGGGAGCCGUGUGAGGAGCUGGCCCAGCUCAAGCCCAGUGAGGGGGCCCCCAAGCUGGCGCACAUCAUCAACAUCAUCCGCUUCAUCUGGGUCAACUCCGUCUACUACAACACCCGCGAGAGGCUCACCGCCCUCUUACGCAAGAUGAGUAAUGAGAUAAUCCGGCUAUGCUGCAAAGAGAUCUCUCUGGAGCGCAUCUUUCAGGGCUACGUCAUCUCCAGCAAGCAGAGCCUUAACGACUGCAUCCAGUGCUGCCUGGCCUGGAAGGACCUGUACCUGCACACAGCACAGCUCCACCACAAGUUCUCUGCCAAGGGAUGGGUGCUGGACCAGACCAGCAUCUUUGCAUUGGUGGACGCCUUUGUUCAGCGGUGCAAAGACCUUUUGGAGGUGUGUGACUGCCAGCAGCAGUUUGCCCGGCGUGCGGAAGGCCAUCAGGUGCCACUGCCCUGCUUCGGCGGGCGCCAGGGGGCAGAGGUGACGCGCCGCCUGCUGGAGAUGGAGGCCGCCUUCGACAAGAGCCUCCAGAUCCUGCGGUCCGUGCGCAAGGGCAUCCUGGACGUCAAGAACACCUCCUGGCACGACGACUACAACAGGUUUCGUGCAGGGGUGAAGGACCUGGAGGUGAUGAUGCAGAAUCUGAUCAACUCAGCCUUUGAGACGGUGAACACAGUGGAGGAGGGAGUUCAGCUGCUCGAUGUGUUCCAGCACCUGUCUGUCCGAGAGGCCAUCAAGCGCACCAUUGACCGUAAGACGGUGGACGUGUACGACCUCUUCAACAAAGAGCUCAACCUGGUCAACAAGGAGCUGAGUCGAAAGACCAUUCACCUGCCCGCUCACAUGCCCAAGAAUGCCGGGCAAGCGCACUGGGCACGGGCCCUCCGCCGACGCAUCGACAAGCCCAUGGAGGUGUUGCAGAAGGCCCACUUCAUGCCCCAAAUCGGUAGCGGCGAGGAGGUGUGCCUGGCCCACGCGCAGCUGGUGCAGACGCUGGACGAGUCGGUGCGCCGCAUCUUCAGCGAGUGGAGCCAGACGCUGGACCGCCAGAGUCUCAAGCGCCUUGACCAGCCCCUCAUGGUGCGCAGCCGCGACCGCAACGGCAUCCUGGACAUCAACUUCGACAGGGGCCUGCUGAACAUGUUCAAUGAAAUCCACUACUGGGAGCGUCUGUUGUUUGAGAUCCCACACUACGUGUCUGAAGUUUAUCAGCGCCGGGAAGAGCUCCGCAACCUCCGAGAGAACGUGCUGCUGGUGGUGCGUGACUACAACAGGAUCAUCCUGGCCCUGUCUCCUGAAGAGCUGGGGCUUUUCAAAGAGCGGAUCCGCUUCCUAGACAAGAAGAUCCAGCCUGGGCUCUCCAAGCUCCUCUGGUCCACCAAGGGAGCCUCCAGCUUCUUCAUCAACGACUGCCGGCUGCAUGCCAGCAAGGUGCAGCUGAUAGUGGACGAGUACAAGGCAAGUGCAGGUUGGCUAUUGGCAGCACUGCGCGGGCUGGGGAGUGAGCUGCUGCUGGUGCGCAGGGACCUGCAGGAUCGCGUACCGAGGUCGAAUGAAGAGGACCAGGCUGCCCACCAGCAGAACCAGCUCGGACGCCUGCAGGCAGUGCACCAGCACAUCGUGGCCAUCAUGGCCCGCGUCUAUGAGACCUUCCGUAUGGAUGGACCCGAGGUGCAGCAGCACUGGGUGACGUUCACAGAGCACAUGGACAGCAUGGUGGAGGAGGCUCUGCGUCUCAACAUUAAGCGCUCGCUGCAGGAGCUCUCCAAAGCCAUCAACGGAGACAGCAAGGCCUCCCCCAACCAACUGUUCAGGGUGCAGGUGGUGCUGAGACAGGGGGCCCCCGGCACCACAGAGCAGGUGGAGUUCUCCCCUACCCUGCAGAAGCUGGCUGAGCUGGUGAACAGCAUCAGUCCUCAGCUCAUCAGCACCAUCUCAGUGUUCCAGCGGCUCCCAGACCUGCUCACCCGCAGGCGCACCCAGAGGAAGCCUGUACACCAUCAGCAGGACGAGGAGGUGUGUAAGAUCCAGGCGGCGAUCGCUGCGGGGAUGACGGCCAACGCCGCUCACCUGCAGGCCUACCUGAAGACGUGGGACAAGCACCGGGAGAUCUGGGAGAUCAACAAGGACCUCUUCAUCCGCCGCUACCAGCGCCUCAACCCCCCCGUGUCCUCGUUCGAUGCUGACAUUGCCAGGUACACGGAGGUGGCGAACAACGUGCAGAAGGAGGAGACAGUGCUGAGUGUGCAGUUUGUGCUGCUGGACUGCGCGCUGCUCAAGUUCUCUCUGGUGCAGCACUGCAACGAGUGGCAGGGCAAGUUCACCCAGCUGCUCAGCCUCAUGGCCAGCACGCGCCUCCGGGAGCUGCACGCCUCCCUGCAGGACAACGCACGCAGGCUCAGUCAGCCUCCUCAGACUCUGGUGGAGUUGGCAGACAGCCUAAAGCUGCUGGAGACGGUGCAGGGAGACCUGGGUAAAAUGGAGAACCAGAUCCUUCCCAUCCACGAGCAGUUCGCCAUCCUGGAGAAGUACGAGGUCACCGUGGACCAGUCGGUGCGGGAGUUGCUGGAGGCUUUGAACGGCGAGUGGGUGUCCUUCCAGGAUGUGGUGAUUGACAGCGACAUCAUGCUGAAGAAGCACAAAGACAAGUUCAAGAGCAGCCUCAUCUUCUCCGCCGAGGAGUUCAAGAAGAAGAUGCAGGCCACCGUGGAGGAUUUCAACAGCACAGGUCCCUUCAGUAAUGCUGUGGGCUCUGAGGCAGCAUUGCAGCAGGUUGAGGAUCUCUGUACACAGCUGCAGACACUGAAAGAGGAGGAGAGCGGCAUCUGCAAUGGCCUGAGCAUGUUCAAGAUCGAGCAGCCACACUCCAAAGACAUCCAGACCCUGGAGAAGGAACUGGACUACCUGCAGCAGGUGUGGGAGAUCACUCAGCAGUGGGAGCGUCAUUGGGACGAGUGGAAGGUGGGCCGCUUCAGCACCCUGCAGACGGACAGCAUGGACAACACCGCACAGGCUCUCUACAAGAGACUCAACAAGCUCAGCCGAGAACUCAAGGAUAAGCAGUGGGAGAUAGUGGAGACGUCCAAGAACAAGAUCAACCAGUUUAAGAUGACCAUACCCCUCAUCACAGACCUGAGAAAUCCAGCCAUGAGAGACAGGCACUGGAAUCAGAUCCGUCACGAGGUGCAGUGUGUGUUUGACCAGACGAGUGAUGACUUUACCCUGGAGCGUAUCGUGGUGCUGGGACUGGACCUUUUCACUGACCGCAUCUCUGAGAUCUCCGGCGCCGCCAGCAAAGAGCUCUCCAUCGAGCAGUCGCUGGAGAGCAUCACCAGCACUUGGCAGCAGAUUUGCCUGGACAUCGCGCCAUACAAAGACAAAGGUCACCACAGGCUAAGGAGCACAGAGGAGGUGUUUCAGGCUCUGGAGGAUAACCAGGUAACCCUCUCCACCAUGAAGGCGUCUCGUUUGCGGCGCUUCGAGAAGGAGGUUGACUACUGGGAGCGCAGCCUGUCCCUGGUGCUAGAGGUCAUCGAGAUGGUCCUCACUGUGCAGAGACAAUGGAUGCAGAGACAAUGGAUGUACCUGGAGAACAUUUUCCUUGGAGAGGACAUCCGCAAGCAACUCCCCAAGGAGUCCACCGAGUUCAACGACAUCAACUCCAGCUGGAAGACCAUCAUGGACCGGCUGCACAAGGACAACAACGCCCUGAGAGGCACUCACCACCCAGGGCUUCCGGAGAAACUGUCGGAGAUGAACAGCAAGCUGGAAGAGAUCCAGAAGUCUCUGGACAUGUACCUGGAGACCAAGCGGCAGAUCUUCCCUCGCUUCUACUUCCUGUCCAACGACGACCUGCUGGAGAUCCUGGGGCAGUCGCGCAACCCCGAGGCCGUCCAGCCACACCUGAAGAAAUGCUUCGACAACAUCAAGAAGCUGCAAAUCGGAAGGGUUGGACUCAGCAGUAGUAAGUCAGAGGCCAUGGGCAUGUUCUCGGCUGAUGGAGAGUAUGUCGAAUUCACCCACCCCGUGCUGCUGGAAGGACCCGUAGAGGCAUGGCUCUGUGAUGUGGAGCGGACUAUGCGCUGGUCCCUGAAGGACUCCCUGAAGAACUGCCGCAUGGCCCUGAUCAAGAAUGCGGGCAAAAGGGACAGAUGGGUCAAAGACUGGCCUGGACAGAUGGUCAUCACUGCCAGCCAGAUCCAGUGGACCACAGACGUCACCAAGUCCCUCCUGACCAGCAAAGAGAGAGGAGACAAGUCUGCCCUCAAGUCCAUGAAGAAGAAGCAGGUGUCCAUGCUGAAUCGUUACUCCGAGGCCAUCCGGGGUAACCUCUCCAACAUCAUGCGCCUCAAGAUCGUCGCCCUGGUUACGGUGGAGGUGCACGCGCGCGACGUCAUCGACAAGCUGGCCAAGGCGGGCUGCUCCGACGUGAACACCUUCGAUUGGCUCUGCCAGCUCCGCCUCUACUGGGACAAGGAAGUGGAGGACUGUAUCAUCAGGCAGACCAACACUCACUUCCAGUAUGGCUAUGAGUACCUGGGCAACUCGGGCCGUUUGGUCAUCACCCCACUCACCGACAGGUGUUAUAUGACCCUGACCACCGCUCUGCAUCUGCAUCGUGGUGGCUCCCCCAAGGGUCCAGCAGGCACGGGCAAGACUGAGACGGUGAAAGACCUGGGCAAAGCGCUGGGCAUGUACGUCAUCGUGGUCAACUGCUCCGAGGGCUUGGACUUCAAGUCCAUGGGCCGCAUGUACGCAGGCCUGGCACAGACGGGUGCGUGGGGCUGCUUUGAUGAGUUUAACCGCAUCAACAUCGAGGUGCUGUCGGUGGUGGCUCAGCAGAUCCUCUCCAUCCUGUCUGCACUUGCUGCCGGCGCCAACACCUUCAUCUUCGAGGGUCGCGAGAUCCGCCUCGUCUGGUCCUGCGGCAUCUUCAUCACCAUGAACCCUGGUUAUGCUGGACGCACUGAGCUGCCUGAUAACCUGAAGUCCAUGUUCCGGCCCAUCUCUAUGGUGGUACCAGACUCCACUCUCAUUGCCGAGAUCAUCCUGUUUGGAGAGGGCUUCAACAACUGCAAGGUGCUGGCUAAGAAGGUGUUCACGCUGUACUCUCUGGCGGUGCAGCAGCUUUCCCAGCAGGAUCACUACGACUUCGGGCUGCGCGCCCUCACCUCGCUGCUCCGCUACGCCGGCAAGAAGCGCCGCGUCUGCCCCGACGUCGCUGACGAAGAGAUCCUGCUGAUGUCCAUGAAGGACAUGAACAUCGCUAAGCUCACCUCCAUCGAUCUGCCACUCUUCAGCGGGGUCAUCCAAGACCUGUUCCCUGGCGUGGAGACCCCCACCAUUGAUUAUGGCAAGCUAAAGGAUAUGAUCGAGCAGGGACUGCGGGCUUGCGGGCUGCAGGUGACGCCCUUCACCAUGACGAAGGUCAUCCAGCUGUACGAGACCAAGAACUCGCGCCACUCCACCAUGAUCGUGGGCAAGCCGGGCAGCGGCAAGAGCGUCACCUGGAAAACCCUGCAGAACACCCUGUCCUCGCUAUACCGCAAGGGAGAGCCCGGCUUCAACCACGUCCGCGAAUGCCCUCUGAACCCCAAAGCAGUAAGUCUGGGCGAACUGUACGGCGAGUACGACCUCUCCACCAACGAGUGGACCGACGGUGUGCUGUCCUCCCUCAUGAGGAACGCCUGCGCAGACGAGAAGCCCGAUGAGAAGUGGAUUGUGUUUGACGGGCCAGUCGACACAUUAUGGAUCGAGAGCAUGAACUCUGUGAUGGAUGACAAUAAGGUGCUGACGCUCAUCAAUGGAGAGAGGAUCUCCAUGCCUGAGCAGGUCUCUCUGCUUUUCGAGGUGGAGGAUCUGGCUGUAGCCUCCCCGGCCACUGUGUCUCGUUGUGGGAUGGUUUACAAUGACUACUCUGACCUGGGCUGGAAGCCAUACGUCAGGUCCUGGAUGGACAAGCGGAAGAAGACGGAGGUGGAGCACUUGCAGCGGUUGUUUGAUGCGUACAUAGAGAAGACCCUGCUGUUCAGGAAGAGCCACUGCAAGGAGCUGGUGGCCAUCACCGAGCUCAACGGAGUCAUGUCCCUCUGCAGACUCUACGACACGCUAGCCACGCCACAGAACGGGGUGAACCCUCAGGACUCGGAGCACUACGGGCGCAUGGUGGAGCUGUGGUUCCUGUUCAGCCUCAUCUGGUCGUUGUGUGCCUCAGUGGACGAGGACGGACGCAAGAAGAUUGACAACUUCCUGCGUGAGAUGGAUGGAACCUUCCCUAACAAGGACACCAUCUAUGAGUACUAUGUGGACACCAAGACCAAGAGCUGGACGUCAUUUGAGGACAAGCUGCUGAAAAGCUGGCGCUACCCUGCCAACGCUCCCUUCUAUAAGAUCAUGGUGCCCACUGUGGACACGGUGCGCUACAACUUCCUGGUGCAGGCGCUGGUGGGCAGCCAAUACCCGGUGCUGCUGACGGGGCCGGUGGGUACGGGCAAGACCUCCGUGGCACAGAGUGUCCUGCAGGGCCUCGACCCCACCAAGUGGACCACUCUCACCGUCAACAUGUCCUCUCAGACCACCUCUAAUAAUGUGCAGGCCAUCAUCGAGAGCCGCGUGGAGAAGCGCACUAAGGGGGUGUACGUGCCGGUGGGGGGGAAGCGCAUGCUGGCCUUCCUGGAUGACCUGAACAUGCCGGCGGUGGACGACUUCGGCUCCCAGCCGCCUCUGGAGCUGCUGCGUCUCUGGAUUGACUACGGCUUCUGGUACGACCGCCAGAAGCAGACCCUGAAGUGUGUCAAGGACAUGUACCUGCUGGCCUCGAUGGGGCCCCCUGGUGGCGGGAGGACUCACAUCUCGGGGCGACUGCAGAGCCGCUUUAACCUCAUCAACAUGACCUUCCCUGCGGAGUCCCAGAUUAAGCGUAUCUAUGGCACCAUGAUCAACCAGAAGCUGCAGGAGUUUGAGGAGGAGGUGAAGCCCAUCGGCGGCAUCCUGACUCAAGCCACGCUGGAGCUGUACUACGCCAUCAUCGCCCGCUUCCUGCCCACGCCCGCCAAGAUGCACUACCUCUUCAACCUCAGAGACAUCUCCAAGGUGUUCCAGGGCUUGCUUAGAGCCCACAGGGACUUCCAUGACACCAAACAGAGCAUCACUCGCCUGUGGAUCCAUGAGUGCUUCAGGGUGUUCUCGGACCGCCUGGUGGAUCAUUCAGACAUGGAGGCGUUUGUGGGUCUCCUGUCAGACAAACUGGGAUCUCUGUUUGAGCAGACCUACCACAACAUCUGCCCCAACAAACAGCAGCCCAUAUUUGGUGACUUCCUGCGGGAGUCGCGUGUGUAUGAGGACCUGCUGGACUUCAAGGCCCUGAAGAGCUUCAUGGAGAGCCAGCUGGAGGACUACAGCCUGACCCCGGGAGUGGUGCCCAUGAGCCUGGUGCUCUUCCGCGACGCCAUCGAGCACGUGACGCGUGUGGUGCGCGUGAUCAGCCAGCCGCGGGGCAACAUGCUGCUGGUGGGCAUCGGAGGGUCCGGCCGCCAGAGCCUCUCCCGCCUGGCCGCCUACAUCUGCGAGUAUCUGGUCUUUCAGGUGGAGGUCACGAAGCUGUACCGCAAGCAGGAGUUCAGAGAAGACAUCAAGAAGCUGUACCGCAUGACAGGAGUGGACAACAAGCCCACGGUGUUCCUGUUCAACGACACGCAGAUUGUGGACGAGUCCUUCCUGGAGGACAUCAACAACAUCCUCAGCUCCGGGGAGGUGCCAAACCUGUACAAGGCGGAUGAGUUUGACGAGGUCCAGAGUGCACUGUCAGAUUCGGCCCGUAAGGAGAACAUCCUGGAGACGCCCGACUCCAUGUUCAACUACCUCAUCGAGCGCGUCAGGAACAACCUGCACAUAGUGCUGUGUAUGAGCCCUGUGGGAGACCCAUUCAGGAACCGCAUCCGUCAGUACCCUGCUUUGGUGAACUGCACCACCAUUGACUGGUUCUCAGAGUGGCCACGUGAUGCCCUGCUGGAGGUGGCUGAGAGAUACCUGGACGGCAUAGCCCUGGGCAACGUGGAGGGGAUCCAGACUAAGGUGGCCAACAUGUUUGUGACGAUCCACCAGUCCGUCACUCAGUUCUCUCUGCGCAUGAAGGAGGAGCUCAAGAGGCACAACUACGUCACCCCCACUAACUACCUGGAGCUGGUGUCUGGCUACAAGAAGCUGCUGGAGGAGAAGCGUAGUGAGCUUGGUGAGCAGGUAACCAAGCUGCGUAACGGGCUCUUUAAGAUCGACGACACACGCACCAAGGUGGAGGCCAUGUCCGUGGAGCUGGAGGAGGCUAAGAAGAAGGUGGCCGAGUUCCAGAAGCAGUGCGAGGAGUUCCUGGUCACCAUCGUCCAGCAGAAGAGAGAGGCUGACGAACAGCAGAAGACGGUCAGUGCUCACGGUGAGAAGAUUGCUGCUGAGGAGAUUAAGUGUAAGGCCAUGGCGGACAAUGCCCAGAGGGACCUGGAUGAGGCCCUUCCUGCUAUGGAGGAGGCCAUGAAGGCGCUGGAGUCUCUGAACAAAAAGGACAUGACGGAGAUCAAGUCGUACGGCCGGCCGCCUGCCCUGGUGGAGACGGUCAUGCAGGCCGUCAUGAUCCUCAAGGGAGCCGAACCCACCUGGGCAGAGGCCAAGAGACAGCUGGGCGAGUCCAACUUCAUCAAGCAGCUUGUGCACUUUGACAAGGACAACAUCUCGGACCGCGUGCUGAAGAAGAUCGGGCAGUACUGCACACAGCCCGACUUCCAGCCCGAGAUCAUCGGACGCGUGUCGCUAGCCGCCCGGUCCCUCUGCAUGUGGGUCCGCGCCAUGGAGGUGUAUGGCCGCAUCUUCAGAGUGGUGGAGCCCAAGAGAGCUCGGCUGAAUGCAGCCACAUCCCAGCUGGCAGAGAAACAAAGCGCCUUGGCAGAUUCCCAGGCCAAACUCAAAGAGGUGGGAGAGAAGCUGGAGCAGCUCAAGUGCUCCUAUGAUGAGAAGCUGGCCCAGAAGGAGGAUCUGCGGCGGCGCUCCGAGGACAUGGAGCUCAAGCUGGACCGCGCCGGCAAACUGGUCACCGGCCUCGCUGGGGAGAGAGUGCGCUGGGAGGAGACCGUGGUGGGUCUGGAGUCUAACAUGGGCUACCUGGUUGGAGACUGUCUCCUGGCCGCAGCCUUCCUGUCCUACUUGGGGCCCUUCCUCUCCAGCUACAGAGACGAGCUCGUCGCCAGCAUCUGGAUGAAGACAAUAAGUGUGCUGAAGGUUCCGUGUUCCCCAGGCUUCAUCUUUGCCGUGUUCCUCUCCAAGCCCACGGCGGUACGCGAGUGGAACAUCCAGGGCCUCCCGUCAGAUGCCUUCUCCACGGAGAACGGAGUCAUCGUCACCCGCGGCAACCGAUGGCCCCUAAUGGUGGAUCCGCAAGGACAGGCCCUAAAGUGGAUUAAAAACAUGGAGGGCAAAAGAGGGUUGAAGGUGAUUGAUCUGCAGAUGCCAGACUUUCUGCGUAUCCUGGAAAACGCUGUGCAGUUUGGUUCUCCAGUUCUGCUGCAGAACGUGCAGGAGGAGCUGGACCCUUCGCUCGCCCCCAUCCUUAACAAGUCCGUUGCGCGAGUGGGUGGGCGUCUGCUGCUGAAGUUGGGUGAUAAGGAGGUGGAGUACAAUCCUGACUUCCGCUUCUACAUCACCACCAAACUGUCCAACCCCCACUACACGCCCGAGAUCUCCACCAAGACCACCAUUGUCAACUUUGCUGUCAAAGAACAGGGUCUUGAGGCACAGCUGCUGGGUAUAGUGGUGCGCAAGGAGCGUCCUGACUUGGAGGAGCAGAAAGACUCUCUGGUGAUCAACAUCGCCUCAGGCAAGAGGAAACUGCAGGAGCUGGAGGAUGAGAUUCUCAGGCUGCUAAACGAGGCCACGGGCUCGUUGCUGGAUGAUGUGCAGCUGGUGAACACCCUGCAGACCUCCAAAGUGACGGCCACUGAGGUGUCUGAGCAGUUGGACACCAGCGAGCAGACCGAGAUCAAAAUUGAUACCGCCAGAGAGGCUUAUCGGCCAUGUGCCCAGCGGGCAUCCAUCUUGUUCUUCGUGCUGAAUGACAUGGGCCGCAUCGACCCCAUGUACCAGUUCUCCCUGGACGCCUACAUCGACCUGUUCAACCUCAGCAUGGAGAAGAGCAAGCGCAGCCACAAGCUGGAGGAGCGCAUUGCCAACCUCAACGACUACCACACCUAUGCUGUGUACAGGUACACCUGCCGAGGGCUGUUUGAGGUCCACAAGCUGCUCUUCAGCUUCCACAUGUGCGCCAAGAUCCUGGAAGUUGCCGGUAAACUCAACAUGGACGAAUACAGUUUCUUCCUACGUGGAGGCCUGGUGCUGGAUAAGGAGGGCCAGAUGGACAACCCGUGCACCAGCUGGCUGUCCGACUCCAACUGGGACAACGUGACGGAGCUGGACAAAAUGACCAACUUCCACGACCUCAUGGCCUCCUUUGAGCAGUACCCCCGAGACUGGAACCUGUGGUUCACCAGUGCCGAGCCCGAGAACGCACCCCUGCCAGGUGAGUGGGAGAACAGCUGUAAUGAGCUGCAGAGGAUGUUGAUUGUCCGUUCCCUGCGGCAGGACCGCGUCUCCUUCUGUGUCACCUCCUUCAUCAUCAACAACCUUGGCUCGCGAUUCGUCGAGCCUCCCGUCCUAGACAUGAAGGCUGUGGUUGAGGACUCCACCACUAAGACGCCGCUGAUCUUCGUGCUGUCCUCGGGCGUGGACCCCACUGUGCAGCUGCUGCAGCUGGCCGAGACGUCGGGCAUGGGCCGUCGCUUCCACGCCCUCUCCCUCGGCCAGGGCCAGGCGCCCAUCGCCACCCGCAUGAUCAAGGAGGGCGUCAAAAACGGUCACUGGGUGUUCCUGGCGAACUGCCACCUGUCCCUGUCGUGGAUGCCUCAGCUGGAUAAGCUGGUGGAGCAGCUGCAGGUGGAGGAGCCGCACCCAGACUUCCGCCUGUGGCUCAGCUCCUCCCCACACCCCGAGUUCCCCAUCGCCAUCCUGCAGGCCGGCAUCAAGAUGACCACCGAGCCGCCAAAGGGUGUGAAGUCCAAUAUGAAGCGUCUGUACCAGCAGGUGACGGAGGUCCAGUUCCAGCGCUGCCAGAGGCCGCUGCCCUACCGGAAGCUUCUGUUCGCUCUCUGCUUCUUCCACAGCAUCCUGCUGGAGAGGAAGAAGUUCCUGCAGCUGGGCUGGAACAUCCUCUACAGUUUCAACGACUCCGACUUCGAGGUGAGUGAGAAUCUGAUGAGUCUGUACCUGGACGAGUACGAGGAGAUCCCGUGGGACGCGCUCAAGUACCUGAUCGCCGGGGUCAACUACGGAGGUCACGUGACCGACGACUGGGACCGCCGCCUGCUCACCACCUACAUCAAUGACUACUUCUGCGAGGGCACCGUCAACACACCCUUCUUCAACUCUGAUUCGCCCGUCUCCCUCUCCGCCACUUGCACUGUCACUCCCCCGUCACGAGAGACCGCAGAGAGAAAGCUCUUCAUCUCUGUGACGCUGUCCCUCCUGGUGAUGGCGCACCACUGCCACCUGGUGGCUCGUCCCUGGCUGACCUACUCGUCCCCAGGGCGGACCGCGAAGCGUCUACGGCAGUACAUCAGCCUGCUGCCGGCUGUGGAGCACCCCGAGGUGUUCGGACAGCACCCCAACGCAGACAUUGCCAGCCAGAUCGCCGAGACACGCACCCUCUUCGACACACUGCUGUCCCUGCAGCCGCAGGUCACCAGCACUGCAUCCACUGGGGCUGGGCCAGCAAGAGAAGGACAAAGGUAUUGUGCGUGUGUGUUGGAGCUCUCGGCUGACGUGCUUCAGAAGAUCCCUCCUCUGUUGGACUAUGAGGGCACCAGACAGCUCCUGCAGGAAGACCCCUCGCCCCUCAACGUGGUCCUCCUGCAGGAGAUCCAGAGAUACAACGCCCUGCUGCACACCAUCAGAACCUCUUUGAUUGAGCUGGAGAAAGGCAUUAAGGGACUGGUGGUGAUGUCCAGUAGCUUAGAGGAGACCUUUAACUACAUCUACGAUGCCAGAGUUCCGCCUCUGUGGGAGAAGAGGCAUUCAUUAGCCCCACUGCAGUGGUGGGCCCGGGACCUGUGCCAGCCCAGCGUGGUUUGUUUGCCAGCUGGUGAGACAGCACACCCGCCCGUCCUCUUCUGGCUGUCCAGCUUCACCUUCCCCACCGGGUUCCUCACCGCUGUGCUCCAGAACUCAGCCAGGCAGCAAAACGUGUCUAUUGACACACUCUCCUGGGAGUUUAUUGUGUCCACGGUGGAUGACAACAACCUCCUCUACCCACCCAAGGACGGGGUGUUUAUCCGGGGGUUGUUUCUGGAGGGGGCUGGCUGGGAUAAGAAGAACUCGUGCUUGGUGGAGGCCAAGCCCAUGCAGCUGGUCUGCCCAAUGCCCACCAUCCACUUCAGACCUGUGGAGAACCGCAAGAAGAUCGCCAAGAGUAUAUUCCUCUGUCCAUGUUACUACUUCCCUGUGCGCUCGGGUGGAGCGGGCCGGGCGUCUUUCGUGGUGGCCGUGGACCUGAAGUCAGGAGCCAUGCCGUUUGAGCACUGGGUCAAGAGAGGCACCGCACUCCUCAUGAGUCUGGACACAUAGAGCUAAUCACACAAC